AUGGAGCAGGUAAUUGAAAGGUGUGCUGAUCCGGAAGAACUGUUGCUUAAUUACCUGAGAAAGAGGCUCUGUCUCACAGGAACCAAGUAUGGCUGUGGAAUUGGAGGGUGUGGAGCUUGUACCGUCAUGGUCUCUACAUACAACCCCAACACUAAGAAGAUACAACAUUUCCCUGCCAAUUCUUGUCUGCUUCCACUAUGCUCAUUGUAUGGUGCUGCAGUAACCACUGUAGAAGGAGUCGGAAACACAAAAACCAAACUUCAUCCCAUUCAGAAAAGGCUGGCCAAAUGCCACAGCUCCCAGUGUGGCUUCUGCACCCCCGGAAUGGUGAUGUCGAUGUAUUCUCUGCUAAGGAAUCACCCGGAACCCACCAUGGAGCAGAUUUUGGCUGCACUGGAUGGUAAUUUAUGCCGUUGCACUGGGUACAGACCUAUAAUCGACAGCUUCAGUGUUUUCUCUCCGGAGUGCUGUCCCUUAGCAGGGAGUGGGAAAUGUUGCUUGGAUCAAGAAUGCAAGAAGGGGGAAGAAAGAGAAGAAGAUUUGGCUACAGAGCCAAAAAGAGGAGAUCGGAUGUGUUCAGGUCUCUGCCAGCCAGAGGGAUUCCAGCCCCAGGAUCCAACCCAGGAUUAUAUAUUUCCACCUGAACUAAUGAGAAUGGGUGAACGGGACAAAGAAAGAACUCUGGUUUUCAAUGAGAAAAGGACUACCUGGAUUUCUCCUGUAUCACUACAAGAACUUCUGGGUCUGAAAGCCAAGUACCCCUAUGCCCCCCUUGUGGUAGGGAACACAAGCAUAGGACUUGAUAUGAAAAUGCUGGGCAUUUGUCACCCAGUUGUCCUUUAUCCUGCUAGGAUUCCUGAUCUAUAUCUUGUCUCCAUGGCAGACAAUGGGAUUGUGAUAGGUGCGGCAACCCACCUGGCCCAGCUGAGAGACAUCCUGUUAAAUGUGGUUCCAGAACUUCCCACAGAGAAGACAAAGAUUUACCAUACUCUGUUGAAGCAACUGAGAACACUGGCAGGAGAACAGAUCAGGAAUUUAGCUUCCUUAGGAGGACACAUCGUAAGUAGAGGGUCAACUUGGGAUCUGAACCCCGUCCUGGCAGCUGGGAAAGCGAUCCUCAAUCUGGCAUCAACAGACGGAAUACGACAGAUUCCCCUGAGUGGUGAAUUCCUCGCACGAUUGCCAGAGGCAGACCUUUCACCAAAAGAGAUCCUAGUCUCCGUUCUGAUUCCAUUCUCAGAAGAAGAUGAAUUUGUGUCUGCAUUUCGACAAGCUGAGCAGAGGAAAAAUGCGUUGUCAGUGAUCAAUUCAGCCAUGCAAGUCCGGUUCCAGCCAGGCACUGAUGUCAUUGAGAACCUGACUAUUUUAUAUGGAGGCAUUGGCCGUACCACAGUGAGUGCCCCGGUCACCUGUCGGAAGUUACGAGGAAGAAACUGGAAUGAGCAGAUGUUGGAUGAAGCCUGCAGGCUCAUUCUUGAAGAAAUCCAACUCUCACCUUCAGCAGUAGGUGGAAAAGUGGAAUACAGACGGACUCUCCUUGUCAGCUUCUUUUACAGAUUCUAUUUGGAAGUGCUACAAGGUUUAAAGUGCACGUACCCUUCCAAGUACCCUGGCUUGCCAAAGGAAAACUUGAGUGCCUUGGAUGAGUUCCAUGACAACCCCCCACAGGGCAUGCAAGAAUAUCAGGAUGUUGACCCUCAGCAGCCUCCUCAAGACCCAGUGGGGCGUCCCAUCAUGCACGAGUCUGGGAUUAAGCAUGCCACUGGUGAGGCCAUCUACACUGAUGACAUCAGUCCAAUAGACAGACAGCUCUACAUGGCAGUGGUGACCAGCACACGAGCCCAUGCGAAGAUUCUAUUCAUCGAUACCUCAGAAGCCUUAGAAGUACCAGGGGUGGUCGCUGUGGUAUCAGCAGCUGAUAUUCCAGGCGAAAAUGGCAAUGAGCAUGAGAAAGUGUUUGCUGAAGAUGAGGUAGUAUACGUUGGUCACGUUAUCUGUGGUGUGGUCGCAGAGACCUACGAGCUUGCAAAGGAGGCCACCAAAAAAGUGAAGAUAGAAUACCAGGAUCUGGAACUGAUUCUGACAAUUGAGGAUGCCAUUCAGCAUAAUUCAUACUUCUUAGAAGAAAAGAAAAUUGAACAAGGAAAUGUUGAAGAAGCAUUUCAGACAGUUGACAGAAUUAUUGAAGGUGAAAAUCAUAUUGGAGGGCAAAAGCAUUUUUACUUGGAAACAAACUGUACUGUUGCAAUUCCAAGAAAAGAGGACAACGAAAUGGACAUCCACGUCUCUACCCAGAAUGCUUUGAGUGUCCAGCAAUUAGUGGCUACAGUGUUGGGCGUCCAGUUCAGCAAGAUCAGGUGCCACACGACACGAGUGGGUGGAGCUUUUGGAGGGAAAAGUAGCAAACCUCCAUUUUUUGCCGGCGCAGCUGCAGUGGCAGCCCACAAAACCGGCUGUCCAGUACGCUUUACCUUGGAACGAGAUGUUGACAUGUUUGUAUUUGGAGGGCGACACCCUUUCUUGGGGAAAUAUAAAAUUGGAUUUAUGAAUGACGGUAGAAUCCAAGCUGUUGACCUUAUGUGCUAUGUAAAUGGAGGGUGUACAUUGGAUAUGUCUGAUGAGCUCAUAGCAUAUGUAGUUCUAAAAAGUUUUAACGCUUACGACAUCCCCAACUUCCGAUGUCGUGGACGUGCCUGCAAGACCAAUCUGCCGUCGAAUACUGCGUUUCGAGGAUUCGGUUUCCCGCAGUCGGCCCUUUCUGCAGAGAUGUGGGUUGCAGCUGUAGCAGAUGAGCUUGGCUUGCCACAUGAUAAGGUCCGUGAGAUGAACAUGUUCAAAACAAUUACCCUCACUCCCUUCAAAGAAGAGGUUGAUCCCAGGAAUUUGGUUGUGUGUUGGAAAGAAUGCUUGAAGAGGUCUGAUUACUACAACAGGAGGAAAGCAACAGAAGAAUUUAAUGAACAAAACUACUGGAAGAAGAAAGGGAUCGCCAUCAUCCCCAUGUUGUUCUCCGUUGGGUUCAAUGACACAUGUUACCACCAGGCUUCAGCUCUGGUCAACAUCUAUUUAGAUGGGUCAGUACUGGUGCUUUGUGGUGGAGCAGAAUUGGGACAAGGACUUUACACCAAGAUGUUACAGGUCGCUAGCCACGAAUUAAAGAUACCAUCCUCAUACAUACAUCUUUCUGAAAGAAGCACCAUUCCAAUUCCCAACGCUCUUCUCACAGCGGGAUCGAUUGGUACAGAAGUCAAUGCUAAAGCUGUACAGAGCGCUUGCCAAAUACUCCGAAAACGUCUUGAGCCAAUCAUUAAAAAAAAUCCACAAGGCAAAUGGGAAGAUUGGAUUAAAAAGGCCUUUGAGGAAAGCAUCAGCCUCUCAGCUACCGGUUUCUUCAAAGGAUACUAUGCCCAUAUGGACUGGGAGACUGGAGAAGGCCAUGCUUUACCCUACUUUGUUUUUGGCGCUGCUUGCUCUGAAGUUGAGAUUGACUGCCUGACAGGGGAUCACAAGAAUCUCCGGACAGACAUUGUUAUGGAUGCCUGUUACAGCAUCAAUCCGGGAAUCGAUAUAGGACAGAUUGAAGGUGGCUUUAUGCAGGGACUCGGACUUUAUACCAAAGAAGAAAUAAAAUUCUCUCCAGAAGGACAACAGCACACGUUGGGCCCGGACACAUAUAAAAUCCCUGCUGUUUGCGACGUCCCAGAACAAUUUAGAAUCUACUUGCUGCCAAACACAAGAAACCCAUUCGCAAUCUACUCCUCCAAGGGUAUGGGAGAAGCUGGGCUGUUCUUGGGGUCAUCCGUGUUUUUCGCUAUCAAGGAUGCCGUGGCUGCUGCCCGGAAGGAAAGAGGACUGAAUGAAAUUUUUACGCUGGACAGUCCAUUGAACAUAGCAAGGAUUCGCAUGGCCUGUGCUGAUCAUUUCACAGAGAUGAUUCCCAAAGAUGAACCUGGGACCUAUAAACCAUGGGCUGUUGACGCAAACUAA